AUGCCAUGCCAUGCCGCACACGAGCCACGCGUGUGCACCACCUCGCACUGCCUGCUUCUGCUAGCUCCUAAAUCGCUGCCUUCCUUUCAGCAACCCCACUGCCUGCACUCUGCCUACUUUCCCUCCCGGCAUGCCCAGUGCACGCCGUCCAUGCCCCCCCUGUCGCCUCUACGCCACGCCUUCAUCUCCCGCGUCCUCUCUUCCACGCGCCCCCCCCCCUGUCAACGCGGGCAGGUGGAGAACGGCAAGGCACAAGCAGCCAACUUCCCGUUCUGCACCAUCGAGCCCAACGUCGGCGUGGUGGCCGUGCCCGACCCGCGCCUGGGCGUGCUGUCGGACCUCACGUCAUCAAAGCGCACGCUGCCCGCCACGGUGGAGUUCGUUGACAUCGCCGGACUCGUCAAGGGCGCCAGCCAGGGCGAGGUGCGUUGUGCGGGGGGGGGGUUGGCAGGGCGAGGUGGGGGGGAAGGGGGGGGGGGGUGCCCGGUUGUUGGGGUGGGGGGGGGCGCAUGGAAGGGGGAAGGGCAGGGCGAUGUGCUGUGGGGGGGAAGGGGAGGGAGGGCGAUGGGGCAAUGGGUGGUGCGGUGCUUUGAGGACAGUGACAUCGUGCAUGUGAGUGGCGCCGUCAACCCCACGGCCGACAUCGACGUCAUCAACCUCGAGCUCGCCCUCAGCGACCUCUCCCAGGCACGUACAUCGUUACCCAGGCACAUAGAGAAGCGCAUGGAGCGGCUGAGCAAGAGUCGCUCCAAGGACCCGCAGGCUCGCUCCCGGGUCAGACCAUGCCCCUGCCGUCUGCCCCCCACCGUCUGCCCCCCGCCGUCUGCCCCCCGCCGUCUGCCCCCCGCCGUCUGCCCCCCGCCGUCUGCCCCCCGCCGUCUGCCCCCCGCCGUCUGCCCCCCGCCGUCUGCCCCCCGCCGUCUGCCCCCCGCCGUCUGCCCCCCUCCGUCUGCCCCCCACUCUCCGCCCCCCACUCUCCGCCCCCCACUCUCCGCCCUCCACUCUCCGCCCCCCACUCUCCGCCCCCCACUCUCCGCCCUCCACUCUCCGCCCUCCACCUCCGCCUUCCGACUUUUUUCCUGCACCUUUCCUUCUGCCCUCCUCCGUCUGCCUUCUGCCCUCCGCCCGCCGCCUGCUCUGCACUAUUGUUUUUUCACUCCUGCUUUCCCACCCCGGUCUUCUGUCCCAUACUCAAUGCUCUCGUUCGCCCCCCACACCUCCUUCCAUACCCCCAUCGCUCCCCUACUCCCUUCCCUCACCCCCCCCCAGGAGGAGGCGGAAGCGGGGGCGUUGGAGCGCAUAAGGGAGGCGGUGCUGGCGGGGGGGGCGGCGCGCAGCGUGGAGCUGAGCGAGGAGGAGGCGCCGCUGGUGGCGCAGCUGUGCCUGCUGACGGCCAAGCCCAUCAUCUACGCCGCCAACGUCGCUGAGACUGACCUCGCUGACCCCUCCUCCAACCCGCACGUGACAGCUGUGCGCCAGCUGGCGUCCAGUGAAGGCGCCGAGUGCGUCGUGGUCUCCGCUCAGGUGGAGGCGGAGCUGUGUGAGCUGGGCGAGGCGGACCGGGUGGAGUACCUGCAGUCGCUGGGCGUGCAGCAGGGCGGGCUGGCAGGGCUCGUGCAGGCCACGUACCGCCUGCUGGGGCUGCGCACCUACUUCACUGCGGGGGAGAAGGAGACGAGGGCGUGGACGAUCCGAGCGGGCAUGACGGCACCGCAGGCAGCGGGUGUCAUCCACACCGACUUCGAGCGCGGCUUCAUCCGUGCCGAGACCAUAUCAUACAAAGACUUUGUGGCGAGUGGCUCGUACACGGCUGCCAAGGAGAAAGGCCUCGUGAGUCACCUCCACUCAACUCACAUUGCCUCCACCUGCAUGCGCAUGCUUCUCUCUUACCGUCAAUGCUUUGUUUCCAUGCGUGCUUCUCUUGUACCAUGCCAUGCGUGCAUCUCUGUGUCAAUGCAUGCAUGCUACUCUUCUACCAUACGUGCUUUCUCUUCUACCAUACGUGCUUUCUCUUCUACCAUACGUGCUUUCUCUUCUAUCAUACGUGCUUUCUCUUCUACCAUACGUGCUUUCUCUUCUCUUCUCCCACUCUUGCUCACCGCACGUCUGUCUGCUCAUGUGCAGCUGCGAGCUGAGGGCAAAGAGUAUGUCGUGCAAGAGGGGGACGUUAUGCUCUUUAGGUUUAAUGUUUAG